CCUCCCCUCCCCCCUCCCCCUGGCAAGCGGAGCGAGGGAGUGAGCCAGACCAGACGGCAGGCGAGUGUUGCAUUGCUCCGCAGCAGCGACAGGCGGCUGUCCCGUCCCCUCCUCCGGGGGACCCCGCGCUGACCACCGAGGGAGGGGGAGUCUCCCGGGCCACCUUCCUGCCGCUGCCCCUCUUGCUUGCCUCCCCCCAUCCGCCGCCAUGCCCCCCGGGGGUUGAAUGGGGGCAGCGAUCGGAGGGCACCCCCACCCUCCCUGCCCAGGGCUAUGCCAGGGUGGGGGGGUCGGGAGGGUGAGCGGCCCGCCCCCCCACCUGUAGGACCCCGAUGAGCUGACCCCCUCUCCCAAAUUCUAGCCCCCUCGGGUCCCACCCCUCCAGCGGCAUCGCCAUGGGAUGUAACAUGUGUGUGGUGGAGAAGCCGGAGGAGCAAUACAGGGUCAUGCUGCAGGUGAACGGUCGGGAGCUGUCCCGUCUCUCACAGGAGCAGACCCUUGAAGCCCUGCGGUGCUCCAAGGAGCCCCUGGUCAUCCAGGUGCUACGGCGCAGUCCCCGCAGCCGGGGUGGGGGUGGUGAGGGAGCCACCCCCCAAGGGGACCCCACAACACUGGUGGACAGUGGAACCCAGACAGACAUCACCUUUGAGCACCUACUUGGGCUAGGCAGGAUGCGGCCACCAAGCCCCCCAGCUGUGACGUUGGAACCCUAUGGGCUACCGGAUCUCCCCGCAAUUGGGCAUGAAUAUUAUGACCCUGUGGAGUUCCUGGAAGGAGGUGCCCCAGAGACCGAGAGGGCAGAGGAGCUGGAAUAUGAGGAGGUGGAGUUGUACAAAUCCAGUCACCGGGACAAGUUGGGCCUAAUGGUUUGUUACCGAACUGAUGACGAGGACGAUGUAGGCAUCUACGUUGGAGAGGUAAACCCUAACAGCAUUGCUGCCAAGGAUGGACGAAUCCGGGAAGGAGAUCGCAUCGUCCAGAUUAACGGCAUGGAGGUACAAAAUCGGGAGGAAGCUGUAGCAAUUCUCACCCAGGAGGAGCGGACAAACAUCUCUUUGUUGCUGGCAAGGCCCGAGACGGAGCUAUCCAAGCGUUGGAAAGACAGUGACCGUGAGGAUUUCCUGGAUGACUUUGGCUCUGACCACGAAGCUGGAACCAGACCCCGACUACUGCUUUCCCCAUCAGGCCCGCAGAAUGAACCUCUGCAAGAAAAGCCUGCUGGGGAUCCUGCCACUCCCCUGACCAACAGCCAGGAGCUGGACAGUGGCGUGGGCCGCACCGAUGAAAGCACCCGCAACGAGGAGAGCUCUGAACAUGACCUCCUGGGGGACGAAGCCCCCAGUGCGGCCAACACCCCAGGGAGCCUGCGCAAAUUUGGGCCCAGCCUGCAGCCCCGCGACUUCCACUACAGCAUGGACUCGCUGCUCGCUGGGGAGCCACCCAGUGCCGUGGGCAGUGACCUGAUGCCGGGGCUGACGGCGGAGGAGUACGAACGCUACCGCGAGCUGCUGGAGCUGAAGUGCCACCUGGAGAACGGCAACGAGCCAGGCCUGGUGAGUGCGGCCCUGGACGUCAACCGCAACGAGGUGGCCCUGCUGGAGGAGGAGCUCCGCCACCUGGAGUUCAAGUGCCGCAACAUCCUGCGCGCCCAGAAGAUGCAGCAGCUGCGCGAGCGUUGCAUGAAGGCCUGGCUGCUGGAGGAGGAAGGGCUGUAUACCUUGGAAGGGGAGCCCAAGAAGCACGAGCUGUCCGACAUCACCGAGCUGCCCGAACGCUCCGACAAGGACAGCACCAGCGCCUACAACACUGGGGAGAGUUGCCGAAGCACCCCCUUGCUGGAGAGCCCCCUGCGCCGCUUGGCCGAGCCCCCCAACCUCAACCGGACUGCCCCGCCUUCACCGCCGCAGCCCAAGUUUCGACGGGAAGAGCGGGUGCGACGCAGCCCCAAAGCCGGCGGGGAAGGCAGCCCCUAUCUGAGCCGGCGGCAGCGGGAAGAGCCGCCCACUCCCAUCAGCCCUAUGAGCCUAGCCAGCAUAUGCAAGGACUCUCUUGGGGCCAAAGGAGAGCCCCGCAUGGAGUGGAAGGUGAAGGUCCGUAGCGACGGCACCCGCUACGUGGCCAAGAGACCCGUGAGGGACCGGCUGCUCAAAGCCAGGGCCAUGAAGAUCCGCGAGGAACGCAGCGGCAUGACCACAGAUGACGAUGCCGUCAGCGAGAUGAAGAUGGGCCGCUACUGGAGCAAGGAGGAGCGCAAGCAGCAUUUGAUCCGGGCCCGCGAGCAGCGGAAGCGCCGCGAGUUCAUGAUGCAGAGCCGGCUAGAGUGCUUGAGGGAACGGGAAGGCAGCGAAGCCCGCGGCGUGUCUGGCGAAGUCAACAUCUUGGCCCUGAGUCACCGCAAAACCAUGAAGAAACGGAGUCGGCGGAUUCUGGACAACUGGAUCACCAUUCAGGAGAUGCUGGCGCAUGGCACCCGCUCAGCAGACGGACGCAGGGUUUACAACCCGCUGUUGUCCGUCACCACGGUUUGAGGGCACCGAGAGGAACCGGGAGAGCUGCCAUGUCCCCUCCAGGUGUGCUGGGGCCCAUCCCCAGCUCCGUUACCCGGCAGAUUGCUCUCUGAACACACCAGGGAAACUUUUUAUGAUUGCUGUCGGAUUUCCAUGGGGCUCAGACAGGCCCUAUUCUCUGAACCAAAUUUAGAGUGGGAUAGUAAGCCCAGCAUCCCUUCCUGCCUUAAGAACCCGGGGGCAAGAGAGGCCCCUCCCCAAGUCUGCAGCCACCAGGAACUUGCUGCGGAGAGGAGGUCUAUUCUUCCUGAUGUGCGCACAAUCCGUAGUGAAGGCGAGGUGCAGGGCGGCUCAGUCACCCACCCUUUGUGGCAUAUGGAAAGCUCGUUCCAGCUUCGCUCCUGCUCAUCGCUCUCUGAAGCACAAGGAAAUCAGCUGUGGUCUAUAUACAGCGUGCAGAGCACAAGGGAAGUGAGGGGCUCAUCUCUUCUCCUCCUCCCCCCACCCGCCCCCGCUACAGGUUGAAAGGACCAGUGAAGAGCCCCCCCUCCCCCCAGCUGGGUUGUUGCGACAUCUCCCCCUCUCUCUCUCCUUUCUCUUUUUCUCUCUCCUCUUUUGUGGUUGUGGCUCUCGAUUUCUCUUUUGUUUCUCUAUUUAUACCUGGAGGCUUGGGCCCUGGCGGCUCACCUCACCAGCGACCAGCAGUGUCCCCUUCCUGCCUUUUGUACCAUCUGAUUGCGUCUCUUGCCCUAGAAAGGGGCACUCGCUUAGCAUAGGAGGCUGUGGAGCUGAUCGCUUGUGGUACAACACCUUGCUUCCAAGGCUGAACUUGCAUUGUUACAAUAAAAACCAAUGUGUUCUUUUUA